AUGAUGUAAUAGAAAAUUAGCUCAAAUAAUGUCAAAUGUUAUCUAAUGAUAGCAGAUUUCAUUAUAAUUAAGCUCAUGAAUAUGGAACCAAGAGAGGCAAGCACCCACAAUUUUAAUCACGACGAAGAAGAAAAUGAACUUGACAACUUGGAUUUCAUGACUGAGCUUGAAGAAUUACGUGCAUUGAUGGACGGAAAAAUUGUGAAUGCGGAAGGAGACAUUGUAAAUGUAGAAAUAGAAGACGAAAAUGAACUGGAUAGUCUUGAUUUUAUGGUAGAGUUGGAAAAACUGCGUCCAUUACUGGAUGGGAAGAUUGUCAAUCCAGAUGGUGAUAUUAUAGAUAUAUCUCAUAAGUAA